CGCACGCAGGACUCGCGAAGACUACAACGGUAAUUGUUAGUCCAGAAUGCCGCCAGCAAGAGGAGGACGGGGCGGCGGACGCGGUGGUGGGCGUGGAGGGGCCUUCAAUCCCGCGCGAGGAACAGUAACCAUUGCCGGCACAGAGCUCAACUGGGACCUGACUGGCCUCGAUAUCCAGAAAGGGCCCGCCGAGCGCUUUCCUGAUGCUCCUCCUCCUCAGGCACCCCCACCAACCGAAGACGAGUUGGGUAUGGUUCGACACCACCUCGCAGUUCGCGACCGCAUACACGAAGGCCCGUUUUACACUAUCCUGAACGACGGCAUGAAGAACGGCCUCAAGAGAAAGGCCAACGAACCGGCGCCUACCGAGGCCUCCCUAUUCGACCCCUUUACCGGUAACCAGACGUACUCAGCCAAGUACUUGAAGGUGCGGAGGAGAUUGCCCAAGUUGGAUGCGCGGCCAUAUGUCGUGGACCUCUUUCCAGCCGAGCUACGACCGACCCUGGACGGGACACGAGCGGACGGAAAUACGACAAAGAAGCGCAGGACCCUAGGCGUUACCAAAGUCAACGCCGUGUCUCAGAUCGAGCGCCUGAUCAAGUCUGAGCAAGAACGAACCAAUGAAGCCGAGGCCCGUGCUGAAGAGGAGGGCGAAGAAGAAGCCGACGAGGACGAGGAAGACGCAGACGAGGACAAGCCAGACGCUGUAGACGAGGAAGACAACUGGUCCGCUGCAUCCACAGACUCUGAAGAGUCAGACGACGACUACAAUGCCGAGCAGUAUUUCGACAACGGUGAGGACGACGAUAUCGACGAUGCCGAUCCGUAUGAGAACACGUACGAGUAAGACGGCAUGGAUUGAAUUGCAAAAAGCAUUCACGGCGUACAAACAGC